GCGAGGUCGAGCCCCGCCUAGGGCCUCCUGACGUUGCUCCCUGAACACUCGGAGGUAGCGGUGGAUCUUACUCCUUCCAGCCAGUGAGGCUCCAGCAAUCUUCUCCGUGCCUCCCCCCGCGCCUGUUGUUUGGAAGUGACGACCUUGAAGAUCGGCCGGUUGGAAGUGACGACCUUGAAGAUCGGCGGGCGCAGCAGGGCCGAGGGGGCGGGCCUGGCGCUAGGUCCCGCCCCUGCACACUAGGAACCCCAGAGGAGGUCGCAAGUGCCCAGCUGAGGCCUGUCUGCAGAAUCCACACCAACCAGCAUCAUGUCCAUGACACUGGGGUACUGGGACAUCCGCGGGCUGGCCCACGCCAUCCGCCUGCUCCUGGAAUACACAGACUCAAGCUAUGAGGAAAAGAAGUACACAAUGGGGGACGCUCCUGACUAUGACAGAAGCCAGUGGCUGAAUGAAAAAUUCAAGCUGGGCCUGGACUUUCCCAAUCUGCCCUACUUGAUUGAUGGGACUCACAAGAUCACCCAGAGCAACGCCAUCCUGCGCUACAUUGCCCGCAAGCACAACCUGUGUGGGGAGACAGAAGAGGAGAAGAUUCGUGUGGACAUUUUGGAGAACCAGGCUAUGGACGUCUCCAAUCAGCUGGCCAGAGUCUGCUACAGCCCUGAUUUUGAGAAACUGAAGCCAGAAUACUUGGAGGGACUUCCUACAAUGAUGCAGCACUUCUCACAGUUCCUGGGGAAGAGGCCAUGGUUUGUUGGAGACAAGAUCACCUUUGUAGAUUUCCUCGCCUAUGAUGUCCUUGACCUCCACUGUAUAUUUGAGCCGAAGUGCUUGGACGCCUUCCCAAACCUGAAGGACUUCAUCUCCCGAUUUGAGGGUCUCCUGCUUUCCAAGGUGAAGGGCACUGGUGGGAUCAUAGCUUACUGCAGCAUCCAGUCCUGGGCUCAAGCAAUCCUCCCACUUCAGCCUCCCAAAUGGCUGAGACUAUAGGUUUCCUGUGGCAUAAUGUGAUGGUUAAUUUUCUGCAUCAGCUUGACUGAGCUAAGGGAUGCUCACAUGGCUGGUAAAAUUAUUGUAUUUGUGAGGGUAUUUCCAGAAGAGAUUCACCUUUGAAUGAGAAGACUGAGCAAAGAUUUCCUUCAGCAAUGAAGGGGGGCAUCCACUAAACUGUCAGGGCCCAGAGAGAAGAAAAAGACAGAGGAAGGGUGAAUUUGAUCUUUCUGACUGGGACAUCCAUCUCCGCCUAUCCUGGGACAUCCACACUCCUGGUUCUCUGGCCUUCAGACUUCAUCAGGGACUAAUAGCAUUGCCUCCCACCCCUACCUUUGUUCUGAGGCCUUUAGACUCUGAAUGAUAACACUGGCUUUCCCGCUUCUCUAUCCUGCAGUCAGCAGAUCGUGGGACUUCUCCAGUCCAAAACUGUGUGAGCCAAUUCCCAUAACAGAUAGACACAUUUAUAAAUAAACACACACUUUUCCUACAGGCUUAUCUUAGUGGUGUCACUUCAAAUUUUGAAGAACCCUUACUGGUACACAUAGCAAACAACAACAACAAAUAAGCAACAACAAAAAAAACACAAGUGGGUCACCAUCAUCAAUGAGUAAAUUUUAAAAAAUCAAACAAGAUAAAACGCUACAGCAUAUCUAUUACCUGUGGGCUUCUUCUAUAUGGAAAGCACUGUCUGAGAUGCCUUGCAGUAAACUCCAAGGAGAUUUUGAGGGAAGGUAUCCUCUUAUCUCCUGGUAAAUUUUCCUGUUGAUCAUUAUUUUAAAGGCUCCAAAGAUCAAAACAUCUGCUUGCACAAUUUGCCGAUUCAUUUUGGGUGAGGGUCUCUGGCCGGCUUGGAAG